UAGAUGUCGCCAUCUACGAUGAAUAAACUUUUUGUUUGAAAUUGUUUUCAUAAAUUUCAUCAAUUUGUUGCUUAAUCAUGGAAGGAGGAGACGGUCGAAGUCCGUACAACAGCCAAAAGAAGUUUUCCAAGUAUAAUAAACAAACAGUGGAUAGCCUUAGGAGUGAAAUACGAACAGAGUUUAAGAACCGAUUACAAGUACAAAGGGAGAAACAGAGGGAUUCCCAACGGAAUUUUUCAGAAGAAACACUAAAAACAUUAGUAGAACAAAGUGGGGAACACAUAAAAAAUAUGGUUAUAUCCAAUGAGCCGGAAGAUAUAAAUUCCAUGUUGAAUCUAAUCGCUGAAGUCGAACAAGAAAUUUUAACUGAGGAACAAAACGUUUUACGUAAUAUAUAUGAGAGAGAUCUUGAGUUAGAGGUGAAUAACUCGUUACCAAAGUGCGUCUCAUGUCAAAAACUCAUCAAUUUGGAUAUUAUUUCUCAUGAAUCGUUCAUAUGUGGGGAAUGUUCGGCUGAUUUUGUUAACUCAUAAAUUCGACUAGAAGGCGUUUUUAUUUUAUUUGUUUGAAACAGUAUUACUACAAUUAAUUUAAAUGUAAAUAUAACUGGAGGGCUGGAGACAUGCAUCGAUUUCUAGUGAUGCGUUGAAUUUAAAUUAGAGGAAAGGAAACUUUUUGAUGAAAUAUAGAUCUUAUUUUUGUGUAAUCAAGAUUAAUUAAGAAUGUUGUCUCAAAUAAUUUCUGUAUCAACUUAAUAAUUUAUUUAAAUUAAUCAAAAAUCAUUAUCAAAAUGUUAUAUGACAAUAAAAUAUUUGU